AAGACACUGUCAACUGUCAUCUCUCAUUAGUGACAUUAAUUUUAUCCAACAUUUUGCAAAAAUCGGUUGUUAAAAUUACUAAAAUUAGAAUCAACAAGAAGAAAAAUCCUUAUCAAAGUAGAAAAACAAAUCCAAGAAAAUAAAAAAAAACCCAAAACAGCCAACAACAAUGGAUUCUCUGAAUGAUAGCGUUUCCUCCUCGGCUUCCUCAGAUCUACUAAGUCAAAUGGAAAAGGAACUGUUCCUCUUGGAUGCCCGAAGUGAAGAUACAAAGGCGUGCAAGCAACUCUUGAAAGAAUUGAAGGCGAAUAAGGACACGUUGCGAGAGGCUCGCCUCCAAGUCCUGAUCAACCGAUACGAGACCGUUUGCGUCAUGAAGAAAUUCGAGAUUUUGAAGAACAAGUUUGCUAUGUACAAAUUGACUGCAAACUCUGUGGUGGAACAAGAUUAGAGCUUAUUUAUUUCAUUUUCAAUUCAUAUCUCUCUUUCAAUUCAUAUCUCUAUAGUUUGGUAAUUUUUCUUUAAAUUUAAUAAGUUGAACAAGAUGAGUCCGAAAGAAGACUGCAUUUUUGUACAAAUCAAGUUUAAGUCAAAAUGUUGUUAAUACAUACAUAUAACUAGCUAAUCCUUCAAA